AUGCCGGCGAAGAAAGGUAGGACCUGCUUCGUGCCGUUGUGCAAAGGCGGCUACAAAUCGGCUGCAGAAAAAGUAUCGUUGUUCCGGGCUCCAGUCGACCCCCUUCGUCGGCAAGAAUGGGCGAGGAACAUCAAGCGAGAAGACAAAGUUCUCGACGAAACCUGUGUCGUGUGUUCCCGUCACUUUGAUGAACGCUACAUAGAAAAAACUUUCAAGCACGUCAUCAAUGGCGAGCUCGUCGAGCUGGACCGCGAACGGCCAGUGCUCACCGACGACGCCGUCCCUACGAUAUUCCCCAACGCCCCCUCGUAUCUGACAAGGCCUGUCCCAAAAAAGAGGAAAGAAAGGAACCUCGCUGACCGUGGUACCCCACCAGUGAAACGCAGGGCUGCAAGCGGAUCCACGCAUGACAGUGAUCCUGGAAAUGCCUGUACAGAACCAGCGCCGGAGACGCACCCGUUCAGCGACAUUCUGCCACCCUCGAUGUAUUGCAGCAGAAUCAUUUUAUCGAACGAUCCAACGGCAUUGUGCUUUGGAUGGCACGCCAGGAUGGAAUCAGACGAUCUGCGUGUCAUAAAGCACGUUACGUUCUCGGCAUGUGUCGAAGCCACCGCUGCACAGGGGAGCGCAUACCUUUGCGCCAUAUAUUGCCGAGGCAUCAAAGUCGAAGAAAUUUGUGUAAGUAGACGAGAUGACGCCCUUGGGGCAUUGAAAAAGGCCGAGCAAUUGCGUCUUUGCCCAGGCUGUGAAAUUGAGCCAGUGGCAGCUGGGAGUCCCUUCAGCUGCUCCGGGCGAAAAAAAAGGCUAGAAAAAGCCCAAGAAAGUGUUGCAAAGCUUCGGGCAGUCACAGAAACAAUUUCCAGCUCAGUUUUGGAGGAGAAAAUCAGGAGCCUCCCACCAAAGCAGCGUCUUGCUGUAAGAACCUGUUUUGAGGCGGCAUCCAGAAAAUCAAGCCGAGGCAUGGCGUACGACAUGCAGUGGGUCCUGGAGUGCAUUUUGAUGCGCAUGAGAAGCCCCCAACUCUAUGAGUAUGUUAGAAGACACAAGAUUAUUGCAUUGCCGAGCAAAUCAUGCCUGGACAAACACAUGCAGGGAUUUAAAAGCACGUUUGGUUUCAACACUAGUGUGUUUUCAGCUUUGGAAAAGAAAACACGAGACAUGGACGAGUUCAGCCGACAUGGUGGUCUUGUGUAUGACGAGAUUAAGCUCUCCGAGAACAUCAAUGUGACGGCAUCUGGCGAACUGAGUGGCUUCGUUGACCUCGGUCCUUUCAUGGAGGAUAGCAACGAGACAGCACUGAGUGACCACGGCCUCGUCAUAGUAUUUCAACCCUUUAAAGGAAAGUUGACACAAAUCCUCGGAGUCUUUGCUUCCAGAGGCAAUGUAAAGGCGCCUGUCCUCUCGAAGAUUCUCCUGGAGGCUACGAUACUGGCUGAAAAUUCCGGCCUCUUCGUCGAUUUCUGGACAAGUGAUGGUGCUCCCUGGAAUCGCUCUCUCUGGAAGCUGCUCGGCAUCAAAGCUUCGUCUAAGGAAAUCACCUGCAAGGUUCCCCAUCCUGUCGACACAGCAAGGAGCCUACACUUCAUCUCUGAUUUUCCUCAUCUGAUCAAAUGCGUGCGGAAUACUAUUGUCUCAAAAGGCGUACAGAUUCCAUGUGGUCAUGCUCAUGUUGAUGUCAUCAAAGAGGCAUGGAAAAGGGACAAGGAAGCAUUGACACUGAAAGUGAUGCCACACAUAACACAGGCACAUGUACAACCGAACGCGUUUGAAAAAAUGCGUGUGAAUUUGGCUUUUCAACUGUUCAGUCAAGAGGUGUUGAAAGGGCAUUUCUUUUAUAAAGGUGACUUGGAAAGAAGGUUCAGAACAACGGAGCCAACAGAGCAGUUUGUGAAGCUGAUGGAGAUGUUGAUUUUCGUGAUGUCAUCCAGGGUCCCGUCUAAGGGCCUUCGAGCCCAGUCAGGAAGUGCCCAGUUUUUGAAAAAGUUCAUUGCCUUCUUAAGUGAAUGGGAAGAGUACGCUGCCCAACACGGUGGUGGAUUCCUAAGCGCAGGGACUGCCCUUGGACUCCGUGUGACUCUACAGAGCACACUGUCACUUCUGGACUAUCUGAUUACCUCAGUGCACUACAAGUACUUGUUGACUGCAAACCUUAGUCAAGAUGAACUAGAAAACAUCUUUGGGAUUGUGCGACAAUCCUUUGGAUGUAAUGACCACCCCGCGCCUGAGCAGUUUUUGGUCAUUAUUAACAACCUAACUUUCUACAGCCUUGCAAGACCACCAAAGAAUGGAAACUCGCCAGCUGAGGUUGUAACUGCACUUUUGCAGCCAUCUGAUGCUGGAAAAGAAAAGGCUGCUCGUGUAACAGCAGUCGUUGAUGAACUGUUGGACGAGGGAAGUCUGGCUCAUGCCGCAGUUGUGCUAAAAGAGCACAGUAGCCUGAUUGACCACCACGUCUGUGUCGAGAAAAGAAGUGACAGUCGGCUGAUAUAUUACGUAGCGGGUUACGUUGUCCGCAAGUCUUUAAAAAAAUUCCCGUGCCCAGAAUGUGCAUCUUGCUUGAGUGUCCUGCCCCUGCAGGCUGAGUGCAAUGGCAACGCCUCAUUGACGAGAGAAUUCGAUCAUGGGGGUUUGCUGUACCCUUCGAAACCACUGGAGGCACUGGUAACCAGACUGGAAAACGCCUUCACUGUUUUCUUUACCAGAAACAAGCUCCAUGCUAAGAGCAUGAUCUGUUUCCUGCGCUUCCUUCAGGGGCAUGCACUGCAGGAGGUUGGCUGCAGUGAGCAUGGGCGCUUGGUCACAGCAAAUGUCAUCAAAUUCUAUGCUCUGACCAGGAUGCAUUUCUUUGCUAAGGCUGUUAACAAGGAUCGAGAUUCCCAAAGGGAGAAGCAAAAAUUGCUCAAAAUGAGGCCAUGCCGGUGA